AUGUUGACCGCGGGCCGGUCAUUGUCACACUGGGUAUACAGCCCCUCAAUCCUUUUCGCACUAUGCACCAGCGUUCUAUCCGAAGCAACUACCCAAACCUCCACGAUUGUCGCGCAAUAUGCGACCCCCACAACACCCGUGACCACAUGCCCAGCGAAGAGUAGCUGGGAGACAGAGGCGGAGCUCUUCAAUCUGCCGCCAUGUCUGGAAACGCGAUGGGGGCCCGGUCGCGACCUAUAUAUCAAUGCGGCACUGGAAUCCAGCGCGGCGGCCAUUGACCCGGUCGUUGAUCCAUCGUCCGUGUCCAGCGGGAUACCAGAAGGGACGGGGAGCGCUACACCCAAGCAGAGCGCAGACCAGGACCAGGAUACGGACUCGCUGCUCGAUGGGGGUAGUUUCCUUUCUUUUGAGGAUUGGAAGAAACAGAAUUUGGCGAAAGCCGGACAAUCAGUGGAGAACCCGACGGGUAUCAACAAUGCGCUGGACUCGCUGGGCGACGACGCCGAGAUUGAGUUGGACUUUGGUGGGUUCGGUGCUGAGACGCCCGAGGCCAGUCCUACUGCUUGGGGCACGCAUAUUGCGUCGCGCGAAGCGGGACAUCAGGAGGGUGCGAAUGGUGGGGGCAAUGGUGAUGUCCAUGCACAUGAUGCGUUGCAGAGAGAUGCAUCGCGCCGGAAAGAUGCUGGCACUACUUGCAAGGAGCGAUUCAAUUAUGCUUCGUUUGAUUGUGCGGCUACGGUGCUAAAGACAAAUCCUGAGUGCAAGGGGUCGUCUUCUGUGCUGAUCGAGAAUAAGGAUAGCUAUAUGCUGAAUGAGUGUCGAGCCCAGAACAAGUUCCUCAUUUUGGAAUUGUGCGAUGAUAUCCUUGUUGAUACAGUUGUCCUGGCCAAUUAUGAAUUCUUCAGCUCUAUCUUCCACACCUUCCGGGUCAGCGUCUCGGAUCGGUACCCUGCGAAGCCCGACCAGUGGAAGGAACUUGGAGUCUACGAAGCGCGAAACACCCGCGAGGUGCAGGCUUUUGCGGUUGAGAACUCGCUCAUUUGGGCUCGGUACCUUCGUGUUGAGUUUCUUACGCACUAUGGCCAUGAAUUCUUCUGUCCAAUCAGCCUGAUUCGUGUGCAUGGUACAACCAUGAUGGAAGAGUAUAAGCAUGAUGAGAGCUCUGACCAUGCCGAGAUUGAUGAAUUGGAUUCCAGUGAAGUGAACCAACUUCCUGAAACCUUGGAACCUACGCCUGUUGUGGUACCUCCUGAGGAGGUUGUUCCACCGGUAGAAACUAGCCCCAAGGCUGUUGAGAUCUGCCCGAACCCCCCAUCAGACCCUGUGUCUCCUUUUGCAGGCCUCCUAGACGGAGAAACGUGUGGUGUCAAUGAUGGACCUCCUAUCAUCACUCCUUCGACGUCAGGCACUACCGCCCAGACAAAUCCACCAUCGAAGGAGAAUUCUACCGUUGCAGUAGGCGCCGGUGCCUCUCAGACCAACACCGGGCCACCGGGUUCCUCCAAGGCUGCAGAGGAAGCCCGGAAGCCAGGUGAUCCCUCCAAAGGCACUGUGACUACUCCAGAUGGCUCGAUCUUGCCUUCGGAGCCCGCUCAGCAGAAUGCCACAGAAACAGUGGGAAAGGCUAUCCCAGAUGUCAAAGAAGAACAAAAUAUCUCUCCCCCAGAAUCUACCAGACCUACGAACACCCAACCGCCAUCCUCAAACCCGACCACACAAGAAUCCUUUUUCAAAUCCGUUCACAAGCGGCUUCAGAUGCUCGAGUCCAACUCGACUCUAUCCCUCCUCUAUAUUGAAGAACAAUCACGUAUCCUGCGCGAUGCGUUCAACAAAGUUGAGAAGCGUCAAUUGGCAAAGACGUCUACUUUCCUGGAGAACCUCAACGUGACCGUCCUGAACGAAUUGAAAGAGUUCCGUGAGCAAUACGAUCACGUCUGGAAAUCUGUAGCCCUCGAAUUCGAGCAUCAGCGCAUACAAUACCACCAGGAAGUCCAUUCCCUUAGCACCCAGCUCGGCGUCCUCGCCGACGAGAUAGUCUUUCAAAAGCGAGUGACCGUGAUUCAGAGUAUCAUGGUUCUCUGCUGCUUUGCAGUGGUCCUGUUUUCACGCGGAUCAGUCAGCAACUACAUGGAAUUCCCCGGCGUCCAAAGAAUGGUCGCUCGGUCCUAUAGUCUACGAUCCUCUUCUCCCAUCUUCGCGUCGGCAUCCCCGUCCGCGAGUCCGGGCUCAACCCGACCAACAUCCUCAUACCGCCAGAAUAGGGGUCAUCGCAGGAAUCUUUCUGACUCGUCGGACCAGGAUAGUACUGCGAGCCCGACUGCGGCUUAUGCCCCACCAACUCCUACCUCUUCGUCUCCGCGGGACACGGGAGUUGAGGAGCCGGUCAAGGCUGAAGAUGACCAGCCUGCAUCGCCAGAGUCCAUGUCUGUGCCUACUCUGGUGACUCCAUUUCCCCGUUCUCACAGCACACCCCCUGUUAUGAAUGGGCAUCCUAUCGACCUGGAUACCGAGACUGAUAUUGAUACCCCGGUUGAAGACAGUCCACGGUCGCAAGGGUCGUGA